UUUCCCAGCCCUACGUCCCAUUUAAAAUAGUACAUAAGAUUUGUCAACCAAAGUGUUCCCAUUUAUUAAAACAUAUAAUAAUUCCUGAUUCUUGAGCUCGGACAUACUCUCAACCGAUUAUUAAGAGUUCAGAUUAUUGGAUAAAUAUACUUGAACUACUUGAUAAAUUGUGUAUAUCCCAAGUGAAACGUUGAGACACACCGUACCCCUUACGAUGAUCAACUUCUCUAAUAUUGACUCAUUUUCAUGGGAAUGUUCAUGAAGUUUUGGCUAACGAUCUUAUGAAAAAAAUUGUCUAUCAAGAGACUCAGAUUUAGUAUCUUAUAUGUACAGUAAAUACAAUUUAUUAGUAAAAUCUUUUAAACUUUUCAAAUUAUCAACCAACCUUUCAAAAUACAAAGCAUUAGAAAAACGUUAUGUUAGCAUUUUUGUUAGUAAUGUUGACUCAACAACAUGAGGAAGAGUUGGAAGAGACACAUGACGGUCUAUAUUCCAAUUUAGCAUUUUAAUUAAGAAAUGAGUUACAAUAUUAUUAAUGAUAAGAGAAAAAUUGUUAAUAUUUUGAUGUGAUACAUAAAAUUUGGCUAAUAUUUUGUAUUUCAAAAAGUUUGGCUAAUAAUUUGAAAAUGUUGAAAGGAUUGGCUAUUAAUUUUUAUUUACACAACAUGUAUCAAUUGCUAAUUCUUGAAAUUUAGACUAACCAUCACUCAUGGUUGUUGUCUACAUGUUGGAUUAGAAUCUCAAACCAAGACAAUCUCACACACUAUCAAGGGUUCUCGUCUUAACAUGAUCCUUUAGAGUAUAAUUUUCCAAUUUUUUUAAUGUGCAUUUGGAAAAAAAUUCAUAUUUUUGGUGUUAGUUCUUGAACAAAAUUUUUGAUUGUAUAUCUUAAUAAUUAAUAAAACAUGUCUACAAUGCACAUAGAUUUAUGUACAAAAAUUUUCAUUGUUUUUUUAAAAUUAUUUUUAAAACUCAUACAAACAUUGUGAUAUUUCACAUACAUAUGAAUUCUUGGAUGUAUUGUAGACACAUCUAUUGUUAAUAUUAAGCAUAUAUAAAGAGUUUACUUAUCUUUUAUCCCUAAUUAGUAAUCAAGACCUUUUAACCCUAAAUACAUAUUGCUUUUUGUGACAAACUAAAACAUUUUUGUUUUGACACUUUUGAUAUGGUAAAUGUUUUUAUUAUUGCCACAAUUUUGUAUGGAGUCACAGACUCACGACCAUGCAACCAAAUAACUUAUUACAGUUGCCUUGUUGAUUUCAUCCUUGUAAAGAUUCUUCACUUUUAACCUAUAGCUCGGUUUAGACUCUCGAAAUUAUAAAGACUUUUGGUGUAGAAGACAUUCAACUAUAUACUAGACGAAAAUUUUCGACCCAUGUUUGAUCAAUGCUAGGUCAGUGGUUGAUCAAACAUAAUGUUUAUCGUACAUCGUCAACAAAGAUUUCUCUAACAUUCACACAUGUCAUAUAAUACUUGUGCACCAUCAAGUUUCUAUCCAAACCUUUUGUUAUAUAAUACUUAUUCUAUUUGAUAGAUAUAUAUUAGUCUAUUACUACAAACAUAUAUAUUAUACAAAAAACCAAAAUGAAUUAUUGAAUAAAAGGGGGAAAAAUCAUUAAAAGAGGAGAUAGAUAACUUCAUAAAUAGAUCUUGACUAACUUUUUUGUUUGUAAAAAAAUUGUCCACCUUGGCAACUUGUAAAUUCUCCAAAUGCUUAUGUGGCAAGAAAUUUCUUUUGAACAACCAUAAUAUAUAGUAAGUAUAAGUAUAAGAUAAGAUAAGAAAUGGAAUAGGUACUAACUCGUAUAAUUAAAACUAAUAUAAUAAUAGUUAAAAAUAAAUCUAUUGUUGUUAAAAAUACAUGUUCGUUCGAUAAAUGGUUCUAUGGUUGGGAUUUUGUAGAGUUUUUUUUAUGUCUGGGUUUUGUAUCCUAAUCCAAAUCAUAUUAAAUUUUUAUUUUAAUACGGCUUAAUAAAACCGUUAGAUUAAUCUAAAGGUCAAAAUUAUAUUAAAGUAAAUUGUAACCAACGAUUAGUACCAUAUAUAUUAUGAAAACGAAAUGAUAUUGGAAUCUUCUAGAUUGAGGAUUUUAUCGGAAUAAUGUAACUUACCUUUUCAUUCAUGUGUAGGUUGGUUUGAUGAUUGGUGAAACGACCUGGUUUUUUUCAAAAAACCAAACCAUAACUCAAACCGAAAACUUGUUACUUCGGAGCAACCCAAAACCACAUUUAAACAAACUGACAUUAUUUAAGAAUUUUAAACACAAAGCCCCAACACUUGGGCAAAAUCUCAAUCUCAAAUACUUAAAACAACUUAACACAGAAUCUUGAACCUUGGAUCUCCAGUACAUAUACUCAUAAUCAUAAACAUAAAAUAACUAUCAAAUUUUAACUAUAACUCUUCCCCCCAGCUCCUUGACAUCUCAUCAGUACUGGCACGACCGCUCGCCUCGUCUUACUUCUUCUCGGGAUCCACUUCUGUUAACCCAUCCUCAACCUGGUGAGUGAGAAGGGGUCAGUCUCGUCGUUAGUUCCUAAGGUCUCUGCUCUAAGCAAACUCCUUACUUUUAGUAGUUCCUAAGGUCGAGGGUAACCAGCUAGAGGAGCGCAGUGCAAGCGUCUCGGAGGAUGCUUAGUCAAGGUUUUCAGUAGCAGUAACAUUAGGGAUUAUUAGUUAUUUACAUUUAUGAUUAUGAGUAUAGACUGGAGAUCACUUUGAGAUUUUAAGUAUUGAGUUUGCCCACUUGUAGGGCUUUGCUUUGAACUACAGGAGUGUGGUUUCAGUAGUUCAUUAUGAAAUUUUUCCCGCUGCAAUUUAAGCUUUGGUUAUUUUAUUUUUCAAGGGCAUUUUAGUAAAAGUAGUACCUGGCCGGGUUAGGCUGUUUCAAGCUCCGUCUGUCUCUCUCCAUUCGGUGGCCGGCUGCCUACACCGGGAACUCUCCGUUUUCGGGUACAGAUCGCGGGCACCACAACAGUAACUCUGGUGGACAGUGGCACCACCCUUAAUUUUAUCAGCGAGGAACUGGUCAAGAUCCUUAUUCAGACGAGUCCGGUGGAUCCCGUGGUGGUCCGAGUCGCAAAUGGGGCACCUAUGCGAUGUCAGACAGUCUAUCGUGGGCUCCCGUUUGAGAUUCAGGGGCUGCCUUCACCGCGAAUAUGUUUGUUCUACCUAUUCGCGGGUUUGACAUGAUUAAGGUUGUUCCAUGGCUCCAGGGUUUGGGACCAGUCACCACUAACUGGCGGAGUUUGACAAUGAGGUUCAAAUGGCGGGAUAAGUAGUGGUGUUUGUAGGGGCUUACUACGGCCCUGAGCCACAUUUCUCUCCACGAGUGCGUCGUUGAGGGUGAGGUCGAGUUGGAUGUGCUGUGUUGGCUCGUGGCGCCAACUGAAAGACAGGAGGUGGCCCCAAACCUCCAACGAGUGAUGGAGGGGUUUCCAGAGCUCUUCCAAACACCGACCACCGUACCUCCACAGAGACAGGUUGAUCACCGCAUUCAGCUCAAGGAUGGGGUGGAGGCUGUGAAUGUCCGUCCAUACCGUUACGGCCAUUCGCAGAAGGAGGAGAUCGAGCGGGAGGUGGAGGAGAUGCUCGAGACCGGGCUGAUUCGGCCUAGCACCAGUCCCUUUUCUUCACCGGUGCUUCUGGUCAAGAUAAAGGAUGGGACCUGGCGAUUCUGCAUGGAUUACAGGGCGCUCAAUGCGGCGACGGUAAAGGAUCAAUUUCCGAUCAAGAAUGUGAACGAUAUGCUUGACGAGCUCCACGGAUUGGCCUACUUCACUAAACUCGACCAGAGGGCUGGGUAUCAUCAGAUUCGUAUGCUGGAGGAGAAUGCGCACAAGACCGCUUGUGCAAUGCUCCCUCGACCUUCCAAGCUGCAAUGAAUGACAUUUUCCGACCUCUACUGCGACGGUAUGUGCUGGUAUUCUUUGUUGACAUUCUCGUUUACCGUCCAUCAUGGGAGGUACAUUUGCAGCACUUGCAGGCAGUAUUUGAGAUUCUACGGCGCCAUCAGUACUACCUCAAAGCUUGGAAGUGCGUAUUUGGGUUUCAGAAGGUGGAGUACUUGGGCCACAUUGUCACACUGUAGGGGGUCCAGGUGGGCCAUUCAAAGAUUCAGGCUAUGGUGGAGUGGCCGACCCCGUCCACUAUCACGGAGCUAAGGGGGUUCCUGGGCUUGACAUGCUACUAUCGGAAGUUUGUACAGGGGUAUAGCAUGAUCGCCCGUCCUUUGAAUAACCCUUUGAAGAAAGGAGGGUUCGCUUG